UUAGUUUUUUUGGUAGUUUUUCUUGGGAUGUUGUGUUGAUGAGUGUUGUGUAUUGUUAUGGUUUAUUAUUUACGAAACAAGUUUUUAAUAAUAUUUAUAUAGAAUUGAUUAACUAUGCUUAGUUCUAAUGAUUAAGUGAUAGGUGUUAGUUUAUAGUUAAUAUAUAUGUAGUGUGUCAGAAAAUGGAGGGAAACUCUAAGUUUUACGAGGGCUGCGGUCAGGAGGGCCCAAUUCGAUGUAUAUUUUUGUGUGAAUUCCAUCCAACAGCCGGGCCAAGAAUUACUUGCCAAGUCCCCGAGAACUAUAUUUCUAAAGAGAUUUUUGAUACUGUCAGUCAUUAUAUCAUACCAAAGGUGCAAUUGCAAAGAUGCACCCUCACCGUUACACUUUUGGGUUCAAAAAUCCUUGGUUUUCCAGUCAGGAUUGACAAUAAAAAGUAUGCCCGCAAUGCAUAUUACUUUAACCUGUGUUUUGUAUGUGAUGCCUGGGCCCGAACCGUGCACUUGGAACCACUUGUCAAGAAACUUACAGAGUAUUUGUUAUCAAUGGAAUUAGAAACGGAAUGGCUAUCAAAGCAAUCAUUAUCUGGAGAUGCCAAAGAGCUUAAUGGACUCAUGCGGCAGGUUAUGCAAGAUAUAAACUCUAGAAGAAUGUGCACAUUAACUGUUGGAACGACGACCACCCACCUUACGGUAGUACGAGUGAACACUGAUCCAGCACCAGUCAAAGAUCACCAAGUACCCGUGUUUCUGUAUAGUCGCCAGUCUUUUGUAGCAGACCAGUGGGACCUCACGACAAACCAGAUACUACCACACAUAGACGGCUUCAACCACGUGGCAAAGAUCGCGUCGUUAACAGACGUAGAAAUAAGCUUGGUACGUGCCUGUGUCCAGAAUCUAGUGUACUAUGGCGUAGUUACACUGGUGCCCAUCUUUCAAUACUGUGCUGUUUACAGCGCAACUCCAAAAUUAAGACAGUUGACGCGAUGUCCGGGUCUACAGAGGCAGUGUGUUGAAUUCUGCGCAAGAUCACCCCGACAUUUACCAAAAGUCAGCGAUUUAUUUCGUAUGUACGCUGGUAUGACAUACGGUAGUACGAUACGCGAUCUUUGUAGGCGAAUGAAACCACAAGAUCUAGCUAUUAAUGAGAGGAAGUUGGUGCUUUUUGGAGUAUUGGAAGGGCUGAUUAGAAGGGUAUAUAAGUUCCCAGUGACAGUUCACAAUGAAACGUCAUCCGUACGAAGUUGUCAUAGCGCGUGCAUUCGGACGUACAACGGCCUCAUAUGUAUGGACGAGUUGUGCUGUCAGACCGGUAUGUCUGUCUCGCUCUUAGAGGAGCAGAUGGAGAAGGACAGCGAUGUUGUGUUUAUCGUCAAGUAAACCUGACUUUCUGAGACAGAAAGUGUGAACAAGGAGAUGCGUUGUGGUUGAUCAGACUUGACAUCUGACAACUGUACAUGGUCAAAGUUUUGACAUCUGGUUCCAUGUCAUAAUUGGCAGUUAUAAAUGGUUGAAGCUCGUUAACGUGUAGGAUAUUUAAAAUAUAACAUUUGAUUAGUUAAAUAUUAUUUUGAGAGCAGUGUUCGCCUAGUGUCUUCAGCAUGUGACUCUCAUCCCUGAGGUCGUAGCUUCUUU